AUGACUAUUUCUUAUACGCUUGACGUCUCACAGACCAAUCUUAAGAGUUUUGUGAAGCUUCUAUGUCGAUGGAGAGGCAGCGUUUGGAAGGCUGUUUGUGGGCAACUUUUGAUAUGGACGGCAGCUUUUCUAGUAAUUAGCUGUGUCUAUCGCUAUGUGCUCAAACCGGAUCAACAAAACUGGUUUGAGAAUCUCGUGAAAUAUUUGGAUUCCAAACUGGACUCCAACAUCCCGCUGACAUUUAUGCUCGGCUUCUUCGUCUCAUUUGUGGUGGGACGAUGGGGAUCAAUAUUGAACGGGAUAGGAUGGAUCGAUGAUGCAUCCAUCCUCUUUGCAUCGUACAUUCGCGGUGGUGGAGAAUCCACGAGAAUACUGCGAAGAAACAUGGUUAGAUACAUGGUGCUAUGCCAAGCAUUGGUGCUACGAGACAUUUCCAUGCAAGUACGAAAACGUUUCCCAACCAUGGAUACGUUAGCGGCUUCAGGUUUGAUGACUGAGGAAGAAAUGGAAAUCCUCGAUGAGAUCAAGGAUCCUUACAGCAGAUAUUGGGCACCGAUUCAAUGGUGUGUCAAUUUGGUAUAUGAAUGCAAAGCUGAUGGGAGAAUAGAGGACUAUUACCUCAUGAAUAAAAUUGUUGAUGUCAUUUUUCUUGCGGUUCGAUUUUAUUUUGUAAUCUGUUUAUUUGGUCGUCAAUUUAUUGUUACGGGAACAAACCCAAGCGGGAUUGAUCUAUGGCUUCCUAUAACUACAAUGAUUCAAUUUAUCGUUUAUAUGGGUUGGAUGAAGGUAAGCGACUCUCAUAUCUUCAAAAAUGUUCAACAGGAAAAAAGGCUCUUCUAGUG